UCUACGGCUGUCGCGACCCGUCAACAUCGCUCCAGCUCUAUGGUCCGUGAAGUCCGGCCCCCGUCGCCGCCCUCAUCAAGCCACUACACUCUCUUGUGUGUGUGUGUGUGUGUGUGAUAGAUCUAUCGACACUGUAAUGCGGUAUGUAUUUAAGCGGGCAUUGAUGUAGCUAGAGAGAUCGCGAGCGACACCAACCUUGAAAGUCCCCUCUUCCAAAUCCCCAAAAGAGAGAUUUUUUCUCUUCUGGUCGCUUCUUCUGGGCUGUGAGAGCUACCAAAACCUUGAGAGUGGGAGCUCGAAAUUCUUCUUGUUCUCUCCGUCCUGCAUUUGGGUCUCUGGUCUGAUCGGUUCUCGCAAGAGGGUUCUUGCGGAAGUGAUUGGAAAUGCCUAGUUCCAAUCGGGAUCACCAUGGGCGGUAGGAAAACCAGCGGCAAUUCCGAUGUGGACGAUGUUCUUCAGCUGCUCCAGAGAGAAGCUCCACUCAGCAAAGAACAGGCCGAGUAUUGCAACGAGGCGUGCGUCGCCAGAUACUUGAGAGCUCGUUCCGGGAGUGUCAAAAAGGCUGCCAAGCAACUCCGAGCUUCCUUAAGUUGGCGUGAGAGCUUGGAAAUCGGGUACUUGACUGCCGAUGAUUUUCCAGCGGAGCUCGCCGCGGGGAUCGCUUUUGUGUCUGGACAAGACGACGACGGGAAGCCAGUUCUGGUUCUCAGGACAAAACAGGAAUUUCUUCCUCCUAGAUCUCAGAAACGUGAAUUCUUUUUCUGGAGGUUUAUCCGUUUUUUAGUCUUUUCUUUUGAAGUGGCAGUCUCCUCCAUGCCUCCCGGCGUUGAUCAAUUCGUCAUGUUGAUUGACUUCUCAGGCUCGUCAAGGGGAAGCUCGUCACUCCUCAGCUUCAUACUCAGCAUCAUGAAGCUCCUCUCAGAUCACUAUCCGGAAAGACUAGCUCCAUCGUUCUUCGUCGAUGCACCUUCGAUGUUCUACUACCUCUGGAAGGGAAUGGCCCCGUUCAUCGAUCACGCAACGAAAGAGAAGUGGAGCUUCUCGUUCUCCAGGGAUCACGACAUGCAAAUCUCAGGACCGUCGUGCGAGCCAGCAGAGCGUGCGCAGCCGCCACCCUCGUCGCUGCUCGCCGAUUCCUCGUGCAGCUGCAGCAGCACCCCAUCCUCCUUCCGCGCCACCUUGUGCUACGAGGAGCGCCUCAACGCCAUGAGCUUCCUCACGCCGCUCAGCUCGCCCGGCGGCCAGAGCUUCUUCAAAAACAACAGCCUCGGCGCCGCGCUCGCCUCGGACGCGCAGCACAGGUCCCUCUCCUUCUCCUCGCCCGCCGCCACCGCCACCAUCGCCACCGCCGCCAGCUUCAACUUCCGCACGCCCGACUCCAGCUGCAGCGACGGCGGCGGAGUCGGGGGCUACGGCUCGCCAGUGUUUGCGCGCAGCAGCCGCUCGCGCGGGAGGAGCUCCUCCCGCGAGAUGGGAAGUGUAGCGUCAUCGUCGGCGCUGUCAUACCUGGUGAAGCACAAGAGGAGCUCCAGCUCCAGCUCCAGCGUGGUGGAGUCGUUCCGGCCUUACGUCCGGCACGCCAAGGCCGGAUACAGCGAGAGCGCCUACAGGGCCACCUUGAAGCCGCCGCUGGGGGGGCUACUCUGUGUCAUCAAGAGCGCCCUCAACCUCGGGCAGACGGAUGACUAUCCCGCCACCCCGAGCUGAGAAAGCUCGUCAUUGUUUUUUUCCCCACUAACUCACUCAUAACGGAAUAUACCGAGGCUGGCAGAAUAUGCUUACGUGGUG